CUCCCCCCCCCCCCCUCUUCUUUCCAAUAUAUGGGGAACUUUGCAUUUCGAUUUUUAGUGUCCACUUGAUUGCACAUGGUAGGCUUUUAUUGUCCCUGGAAGCAAUUUGGAAGAUAAUGAAUAAUAGUCCGAAAGAUUGGCCCGAACCAAUAGUUCGCGUCCAAUCUUUAUCUGAAAGUGGCUUGCCAGUAAUUCCAGAUAGAUACAUCAAGCCCCCUGACCAAAGGCCCUCCUUCAGCCCCGCAACUCAAGCAUCCCAUGUUAACAUUCCAUUGAUUGAUCUGGGAGACUUGAAUGGUGACCAUGAAAAGCGUACAGCCAUAACUGAACAAAUUUUCCAGGCGAGCACGGAGUGGGGAUUUUUCCAAGUGGUGAACCAUGGGGUGUGCCCUCAGCUCAUGGACCGUGCCAGACAAGCCUGGUAUGGUUUCUUCCACCAGCCCAUGGAAGUGAAGCAAGCUUAUGCCAAUUCCCCCAAGACCUACGAAGGGUACGGUAGCCGACUGGGGCUCGAAAAAGGCGCCAUUCUUGACUGGGGUGACUAUUACUAUCUUCAUUAUCUCCCUUCCUCCUUGAAGGAUCAAAACAAGUGGCCUGCACUUCCCUCCGAUCUCAGGGCAGUGAUUGAUGAAUAUUCAGCUCAAGUGGUCAAGUUUUGCGGGGCGCUGAUGAAGAUUCUAUCCCAAAACCUGGGAUUGGGAGACGAAGCUCUACAAGAUGCGUUCGGAGGAGAAAACAUCGGAGCGUGUCUAAGAGUGAAUUUCUACCCCAAGUGCCCGCAACCGGAGUUGACCCUUGGUCUCUCCUCUCACUCAGACCCUGGUGGCUUGACUGUGCUCUUGGCAGAUGAGAAUGUGGCCGGUCUUCAAGUCCGCAAGAAUGACAUGUGGACAACUGUUAAACCAGCUCCGCAUGCUUUCAUAGUCAAUAUCGGAGAUCAAAUUCAGGUGCUAAGCAACGCCAAGUACAAGAGCGUAGAGCAUAGAGUGAUUGUGAAUUCGGACAGAGAGCGCAUCUCGCUUGCCUUCUUCUAUAACCCAAAGAGCGAUUUGCUGAUAGAACCGGCGAAGGAGCUUGUGACGCCAGAGACUCCAGCAUUGUACCCAGCCAUGACCUUCGACCAGUACAGACUAUACAUUAGGACAAGGGGUCCUCGGGGCAAAUCACAGUUAGGGGAGUCUCAGAGUUCACCAAGAUAGCACCACCUAUUAUCCCUACUAAAUUACUAAUCAAUUAUUGCCAAAAUCAAUGUACUUUAAUUUGUAAAUCCAUUGAUAUUGAUGUAAACGCAAUGGUUUACUUGUAUAUUGAUCUUGUAAUCAGGAGGUUGGAUUAUUGGAUUUAGAUUCCCAUAUAAAAAGGAGCAAAUCCGAGAGGUGCUGUAUAGUUUAAUGCUCCUUUUAUCUGUUGUUGGAUGCGGUCCAAUGUAUCCGUGAAUUCUAUUUAUAAUUGCAUGUGUACUUGUUAUCAUUAUAGUAUGUGGUUAGAUA